AUGGAUGACCUGUUGGGACUAGAAGACCUUGUGGCCAACACAGCUUUUCUGAACGCUCAACAGAUAGAUCGCAAUGAGCUGAGGAAGCUGCGGCUGUCCUUGAUACUACCAAAGCCAACGAGGACCUCUUCUGUCCGGGCAGAAGUGGGGAGGAAUUACGAAUCUCUGUGUGAGCAUCAGCCUAUUGGUAGACAGUUGUUCCGGCAGUUUCUCCUGGCCUCUAACUCUCAGUAUGCAGCUGCUGCUGAGUUUCUAGAGGAGCUGGAUAACUGGGGUUUGGCUGAAGAUAAAACCAGAGAGAAGGUCAAAAAGAGCAUCCUUGCUAACUUCUGUCAACCCGAGUCGAGGACUUUUCUCUCCUACCUCACAGGCGAGGCAGCUGAGAAGAACAAGAAGUUAACAGAGAGGAACUUCAGUGAGGUCAUAUUGGGCCAACUGAAAGAAGCCACAAGAGACUUUCUGAAAGGGAGACCUUUCUCCGAGUAUCUAAAAAGCCCCUAUUUCUAUAGGUUCUUGCAGUGGAAGGAGCACGAAAAGCAGAGGAUCAGUGACAAAUACUUUUACGAGUUUCGGACAUUGGGAAGAGGAGGCUUUGGUGAGGUGUGUCAGCAUUUUCUAUAACAUUUUACACAUACAGAUUUAUAUAAAACUGCUAAAUUCAAGGGCACUCAAACGGGAUCUUGUUAAGUUAUCAUACUGAUGGUGUUUUUCCAUCACAGUCCCAGCAGAUUUAGACGGUCCAUUAGUUUAUAGAGAAUCUUGUUGAAUAUUAAGCUCUCUGUAACAAACGUACAGGUAGAUGAGUUAAUGCUUACUUGAUAAUUUCUUUGCAUUUGAUCACAACAGUGGAAAACAAGUGCAUAAAACUAUUGUCAAUUCUCAAGUAACCUAGAUCUGCUUUGCAGGUGUGCGCAGUGCAGGUAAAGCACACAGGCCAGAUGUAUGCCUGCAAGAAGCUGGACAAAAGGCGCCUGAAGAAGAAAGGCGGAGAGAGGUUUGCUCUUCUGGAAAAGCAGAUCAUGGAGAAGGUCAACAGCCUCUUCAUCGUAAACUUGGCCUACUCUUAUGAUAGCAAAAACCACUUGUGCCUGGUCAUGGACCUCAUGAAUGGAGGAGACCUCAAGUUUCAUAUCUAUGAGCUCGGGGAACGGGGUAUCCACAUGGAGCGUGUUGUUUACUACACGGCCCAGAUAACCACAGGAAUUCUCCACCUUCACUCGAUGAACAUUGUGUACCGGGAUAUGAAGCCUGAGAACGUGCUGCUGGAUGCCAAAGGACAGUGUCGUCUGUCAGAUCUGGGAUUGGCUGUGGAGCUGCCAAAGAGCAAGACGAUCUGCCAGAAGGUUAGCUUUGUGACCAUGACCUUAGAUUAGCCUACAAUGAUCACUGUCACACAUUUUUCAGCCUUGCACUCUGCAAAGACUCUUUUGUGCUAACUUAUGAAGUUCUUCUGAUGUACACUCAGAUAUCCAAACAUAGUGUGGACAUAGCGUACUCUUUCUUUAAGCCACUUCUUGUAUUUAACCCCCUAUUAUGAGACGGUGCACAGAAUUUAAACCACCACCAAGUCUGGUUCACCAGGAACUUACAAUGUCCCACUACAGCCCUGUUGGACCCAAAUUGAUCUUGUGGUCUUAAAAGGUGCCUGACCUCUUCUGUAGUUGGAUACUACACUGGCUGAGAAAUGACAGGGAGCUGACAAGAGCAUGUUAGCGUUAGCUGGAUAAUCUUUGCCGCUCUAAUACCAGACAUAACUCCCACGUGUCUCUCUAGGAGAUGAGUCAGGAGGAGACGUACAGCUGGUCUCCACUCACAAGAGGUGUGAUACAAAAUGAACAAUCAAGUUUAAUUUGUCAGCAGAGCAGCAAAUGCAGCGUUAUUUGCUGAAACUGUGUCCCUUUGUUUCAUCUUCCUGUUAACUUUUUCUAUUUUAAUCUUAAUAUUUUAUAAUGUGAUUAUGUUGUCAUGUGGAAGCUGGUCAGAGCAGUCUGAUGCAGAUAACAUAAAUUAACUUAUAGAUUAGACAGACAGGAUUAUUCUAUGAGGCCUUUGAAAGAAGAGAGCAGAAGGACUCCCACAUCAAUGCCUUUUACAUACUUCUUUUCUCAGGGAUGUAAUGCCUUUUAACUUAUUUUUAUAUGUGUUAUUUCACUCAGUGGUCUGGUAAAUUUGGGAAAACACAGCACUUGUAUAUUUAGAGUUCACUUCUUUUUGUGUGUCCGAUCUGUCAGGCUGGUACAACAGGCUACAUGGCUCCUGAGAUUUUGAGGCAGGAGAAUUAUCGCACGUCUGUGGACUGGUGGGCCCUGGGCUGCAGCGUCUAUGAGAUGGUGGCCGCCCGUUUGCCUUUCAAAGACUUUAGAGAAAAGGUCCAGAAAGAGGAGGUGACUCGUCGCACCCUGGAAGAUGAGUGCAAGUUUGAGCACAAACGCUUCGAUGACCCUACCAAAGAUAUCAUCAGCCGCUUUCUGAAGAAGAAGGUGGCAUAUCGUUUGGGGUGCCGGUGAGUAAAAAAAAAAGUGAUGUCCUUUAUAAAAGCUUUGUCACACUCUGGUUUGUGGGUGUUAACAAGAAGAAAGUACUUUUGUCCUCAGUUUGGUUCAAUCUUGGCAGUAAUGCAGGUACAAUAGACACCAAAGAUUUUAAUAGUCACAGAUUUGAUACGAUACAAUGCCAUUCUAUACCAAACCAUAAAAUACCAUUCAAGACAAUACUACAGGAAGAUAUGAUACAGUACAAACAAGUGUUUAAUACAAUAACAUACCAUAAAAUACCAUUGAAUAAAAAAUAAACUAAAACCCUACUAUACUGUAAAAUACAAUAAUAUAUUAAACAAUACAAUACAAAAGGAUAUGACAAGAUACCAACCAUACCAUAGGACAUACAGUCUGAAACUGCAUGACACUGUAUAAAAACAUACAAUACAAUACUAACAAUACAAUGCAGUAUAUGAUAUAACAUGCACUGAUAUGAAAUAGUAAAAGUGAAUUUGCAGUCUAUACAAAUAUAUAAGUGUGUGUGUGUGUACUUGUUAUUUUGUUCACAGGAUCAAUUGAAUUCAGCUACUUUGUGUAUUUCAACACUGAGACAAAGAGCUGGUAGAUGAGGUUUUCAUCUUUCUGUUCCCUCUUUACUCGAGCUGGGAAAGUCUGAGAGUUAAGAGAAGGGAAUAAAAUGAAGUGAAUGAAUGAUUGAGAGGAUCUACACAUCACAAGGCUUUACCUAACAUUGUAAAAACCACUGCUCAAGUAACAGCAAACUAGCUUCGUCUAGAAGGUCAAGGAUGUGUACCUAUAAUUGUGACUUCAUGUUUCUUGGCCUAUAUUGAAAUUUCACAAAUCCAGUUUAAAGAUUUCACCCACCAAAUACCUUUGACAUUAAAUGUUAAAUUCAAUCAUGAUGCACCUGUCUCAUCCUUCCAGAAGCGGUGAUGAUCCCCGAAACCACUCGUUUUUCAAGGCCAUUAAUCUCCACCGUCUGGAGGCCGGGUUGGUGGAGGCCCCCUGGGUGCCAAAUCCCAACAUUGUCUACGCCAAGGAUGCGCACAAGCUCAGGGAGACCUCCGAAGUCGAGGACAUAAAAUUUGAGUCCAAAGAUCUGAAAUUCUUUAAAGAGUUCAGCACAGGAGCCGUCUCUAUCCAGUGGCAGAAGGAGAUGAUUGAGAGUGGAGUAUUUGAUGAGCUGAACAACCAGGAAGUGAACGGUCAUGGGUUUGAUAAUGACUGGAAAUCCAGGGUGUGCAUCAUUUUGUAAGCAUUCCAUCAAUCUAUUUUGUUUUGUUUUGUUUCCAACUCAUUCCUAAGUGCUUGUAAAAAUCGCCUUCGGUAUCUUGUAAUACAGCCUCUGAAUGUAUUACGGUACCAAACAGGAAUCAUCUGUGUUUGUCUCUAAAAGAAUAACAUCACACCAUUGUUUAUGGUGCUGCAGCCAAACCUAACAGGACAUCUGCCUCUGUGUUAAAUCAAAACCACCAUUGUGUUUUCAGUAUCAUGCCUGGAUGGAAACACACUGACAUUUCUCUGCAACUGCUGCUUUAUAAUUUGCCCUCUAUUCCUGGUGAGACAGCAGAUCCCAGUACGUUCAUAGUUUCCAUUACAUCACUCCGUUUGGCCAUUUUGGCAGGCCAAAUUGUUUACAUGUGUUUGUAAACAAGCUCCAUAAUAGCAUAUGUCUUAGAACAGCAACAGGGUUAUAAUUGAUAUUUUAGGUCAUGUCCCAUAUUUGUGUGACAAAUUGAACUCUCACAGACAUGCCAUGAAUGCCUUCAGCUCGUAUGACCUCUGCGUAGCAUACUGAACUCUCUCAGUGACAGACGUUCACCACUAAGUGCCGCCAGACACCCAUGAAGUGCAGUAAACCUCCCGCAGCGCUCAUCUUCCUCAUUACCCGGCUGUGCAGCUCUUCUGGUAUUUACAAGCACUAGAUGACUUGUUCGGCUUUUACAAGGAGAUGCAGGGAGACAAAUUGUCGCAGACAUGUAGUUUUUCCACUUAACAUAAAAAAAGCUAAAUACAAAGCAAAACUGACCUUCUUUAUUGCUGUGUUUUCAGGCACAGCCGCGGACAGACAUGUUAACUUUGUGCACCAUAGCAACAAACCAAAACUGCUGCGUCUCUGUUGCUCCCACGGAUGAUGGUUUUUUGUGUCGAGUAUCCAUGUCCGUUUAUGUUGUCUCUUUAUGUCACAUUUAUAUUUGAAAAAAAGGAGAUUUUGUUGUUAUUUGUAUAUCACUGAAUCAUUCUUGUUGCUUUUUGAUAGGAGAGAAGGAGGGAUAGUAAGGGGUGAUAGAGGAUGGGUGAAACGAACACACUCAAAUCAGGGGAUUGUAAUCACAGAUUUUGAGUAAUGUCUUGUAAGUGACCACUUUUUUACCUUAUCUCUUUAAGGUCCUCACUUCUUUAAUUGUGAAGUUGUUGAUAAUUAUACACAAAAGCUGCUUUUUCUGUGCCAAAAAUAUCUGUAUUUUUAGUGUUUUUAUACUGCUUGUGGCUUUUUUGAUACUGUUUUACCUCAUUUACAUUUCAUCCCAAUGUGUUUCUGUUUUCUUGUAUUAAACUUUAAAGCAAUUCCUUACACUCCGAUGCUGUGAUGAAUUCUGUUCACAAAUAUUUUGAAAUGGUGAUGACAUCCAAAGUUAAAGGUUAACAGUGAUGCAGGUAUUUUGAUAAUCCUCCUGUUGCUCUUCUCACAGUAGAUAUACCAUCCAUCAUUUUAUAUCCAAACAGCAUGAGCUGGAACGAGCUUGACUCUUAAAACUGUAUAGUAACCACAGUACAUACAUAAUUACAACAUUAUGUAACCUCAACGUCUCAUUCGGGGUGUAUCAUCCCUCGCUCCAAAACCUCAGACACAUUUGGGUAAUGAGGGACACAUAAACAUGUGUUGUGCUAAUUCCUGACCUUACAGGGCUGAGAAGUGGUUCCGUUCACGCUUGACUGUCAUGAGAUUAGAGGCCGGUUCAGAUGGAAAUCCAAGACGCAACUCGAUCAUCGUCGGCUGUGAAGGCAGAGUGGGGAGUCCACUGUGGACAACGUGUCGACAAGACAAGGUCUCCAGGAACAUGUUUUUACCAGGCGCCUACAAGCCUCUGCCAGGGUUUAGUUCCCCCAUGGCCUUACACUGCAACUGCUACCCUCCAAGACACACAUCACAGCAACUCUGCAACGCACACUGA